AUGCGCCCACCUACACACAGCAGUGCUGCUGUGGCUGUACCAUACUGUAAACCAGACGAGACACGCCCACCUACCCACAGCAGUGCUGCUGUGGCUGUACCAUAUGGUAAACCAGACGAGAUGAGCACACCUACACACAGCAGUGCUGCUGUGGUUAUACCAUACAGUAAACCAGACGAGAUGCGCACACCUACCCACAGCAGUGCGGCUGCGGCUGUACCAUACGGUAAACUAGAUGAGACGAGACGCGCACACCUACCCACAGAACUGCUGCUGCGGCUGUACCAUACGGUAAACCAGAUGAGACGAGACACGCCCACCUACCCACAGAAAUGCUGCUGCGGCUGUACCAUACAGUAA